AUGUCAACAGUUGCAAAUGAUGUUAUUAUUGUAACAUCAAGUUUAACUCGUGAUAUGACUGGAAAAGAAGAUUCUCAUCGUGGACCAGCUAUACGAGCUUUAUGUAAAAUUAUUGAUGCAUCAAUGAUGCAAAGUGUUAAACGAUAUAUGAAACAAGCAAUUGUUGAUAAAUUACCAUCAGUUGCAUCAGCUGCAUUAACAUCAUCAGUUCAUUUAAUGCGUCAAGGUCCUGCAGUAGUUAAACGAUGGGUUAAUGAAGUUCAAGAAGCUGUUAAUAAUGAUAAUAUAAUGGUACAAUAUCAUGCACUUGGUCUUUUAUAUCAAAUACGUCGAACAAAUAAACAUGCUAUUAGAAAAUUAAUUGUCAAAUUUUCUAAAGCUGGUCUUCGAAGUCCAUAUGCAUAUUGUUUUCUGAUUCGUAUUGCAGCUAAUCUUAUAAAUGAAGAAGGCGAAGGAACGGAUAGUCCAAUGUAUGAUUUUAUUGAUUCAUGUUUACGUCAUAAAAAUGAAAUGGUUAUUUAUGAAGCUGCAUCAACAAUUGUAUCACUUAAAUGUGUUACACCAAACGAACUUAGUUCAGCUGUUAAUGUUCUUCAAUUAUUUAUUUCAUCACCUAAACCUGUUUUACGUUAUGCAGCUGUUCGAACACUUAAUAAAGUUGCUAUUCAAUAUCCAGCAGCUGUAACAGCUUGUAAUGUUGAUCUUGAAACAUUAAUUACUGAUUCAAAUCGAUCAAUUGCAACAUUAGCUAUAACAACUCUUCUUAAACCAGGUGUUGAUCGAUUAAUGAAACAAAUCUCAUCAUUUUCAUCUGAAAUAUCAGAUCAAUUUAAAACAGUUGUUGUUGAUGCAAUUAAAUCAUUAUGUCAAAAAUUUCCACGUAAACAUACUGUAUUAAUGACAUUUCUUUCAAAUAUGUUACGUGAAGAAGGUGGUUAUGAAUAUAAAAAGGCAAUUGUUAAUACAAUUAUUUCAAUUGUUGAAGAAAAUCCUGAAGCAAAAGAAGCAGAAGAAGAACUAAAAGCUGAAAAACCAAUUCAUGAAUUACAAGACGGUGAACCAUUUCGUUCACGUGGUUUAGUUCUUGAAGGUUUUCCAUCAACAGAAGAUAAAACUGUUAAUAUGAUUGAUAAUCAAUUAUUACCUAAUCUUGUUAUACAACUUGAUGUCGAAAGUAAAGAUAUAUUACCAAAACGUAUGGAACAAUAG